GUCAGCUAAAGCGUUCGUUGGACAUUGAGCAUGCGUACCAUGUCUGAAGUUCGUAAAUUGAAAUUGAACAUGCGUAAUUAAUCUUUCUGAAUAGGAAAAAAUAUAUACACAACAAAAACUCUCCGUUUAUGGAACAUGCGCAUUCGUUCUCAGGUGUUUCGUGUUGAAAGUGAGCAUGCGCAUGGUGAGUAGGUUGGUCUGAAGUUUGAACGCGACAGAAGUGCUUGUCCGCGUCUGGCGGUUGUUUUUAGAGGUAAUACACCUAGUUUGUGGCUCAGCAUGUCAAUUGUAACAGUGCAACUUGGUCAGUGUGGCAAUCAGAUUGGUUUUGAAGUUUUUGAUGCUUUGCUUAGAGACUCACAGAGUUCUCAUGGACUCUGCUGUAAGAGAGAGAAUGAGGCAUAUCAAGCAUCUUGCAAAGAGAGAUUCUUCAGUGAGGAGGAGAAUGGAGUUCCAGUUGCCCGGGCUGUUCUUGUUGAUAUGGAACCCAAAGUUAUCAAUCAAACACUGUCAAAGGCUGCCCAGUCUGGCCGAUGGAAAUAUGGUCAACAUGCAUGCUUCUGUCAAAAACAAGGUUCUGGAAACAACUGGGCAUAUGGGUUAUUGUUCAAAACUACAACUCCAUUUUGACACUUUCUCACUUGUACCGAUCUUCAGACGCCCUCCUUGUUCAUGAGAAUGAUGCCGUCCAUAAGAUCUGUGCAAAACUGAUGAAUAUCAAGCAGAUCUCCUUUAGUGAUAUCAAUCAAGUCCUCGCACAUCAGCUGGGAAGUGUGUUCCAGCCUACUUAUUCUGCAGAAAGCUCAUUUCACUACAGACGAAAUCCACUAGGAGACUUAAUGGAGCAUUUAGUUCCCCAUCCUGAAUUCAAGAUGCUGAGUGUUCGUAACGUUCCUCACAUGUCUGAGAAUUCAUUGGCAUACAGUACAUUUACUUGGGCUGGCCUCCUCAAGCAUUUGAGACAGAUGCUCAUUUCUAAUGCAAAGAUGGAAGAAGGUAUUGAUUGGCACGUGCGGCCUCCUUCAUCAGGACUUCCUUCUCUUGGUAAAAAGUCUCUCAACAAGGACCUGCAUUUUAACACUUCCAUUGCUAACUUGGUCAUUCUUCGUGGGAAAGAUGUGCAAAGUGCAGAUGUGGAGGGAUUUAAAGAUCCAGCUCUCUACACUUCCUGGUUAGAACCUGUUAAUGCUUUCAACGUGUGGAAAACCCAGCGGGCCUUUAGCAAGUAUGAGAAGUCUGCAGUGUUGGUCAGCAAUAGCCAGUUCUUAGUAAAACCACUUGAUAUGAUUGUCGGGAAGGCAUGGAAUAUGUUUGCUUCAAAAGCCUACAUUCAUCAGUACACAAAAUUUGGAAUUGAAGAGGAGGACUUUUUAGACAGUUUCACGUCAUUAGAGCAGGUUGUUGCCAGUUACUGUAACCUCUGAUCUUGAACAAUGGGAAAAGUACCUUAGGGCAUUUUUGGACCAAAAUAUUUUCAGUACGAUUUUCUCUGUAAAGUUUUCAAAGUUCCAUUCUGUUAAAGUAACCACGUAGAAUGCUGAGUCUGUUCUGCAUACCUAUGCCCACAGAAAAGGAAGAAAACUUUUUCAAUGGAGAAUCGCAUGUUUUUCAAUGAAAACAUCUAUUUGGUAUUUCAUUUGUAAGAAAAAAUGGUGCUUUUAUAAAGAACUUAGGGGAAACACUUUGCUGAGAUGCUGGGACUCUGGAACUAGCCAAGCAAAGAGGAUAUUCUCUACACGUUCCGAAAUCUUCCUUCUUUACUCCAAAAACAACUCACAAAGCAUGAACCAAACUUUCACAGCAUAAUUUCAAGCUAAGGAAUUGUAAUUCUGUACUUAAUAUAUUCAUGUUUGAAAUGAAUGCUUUGAACCACAGGAGGGAGAUGUUGUCAAAUGCUACAGUGUGAACAUGUAUUUUGAAUAUUCUGUAACAGGGUAAGAGUUUCCACUCAAAGCAGCUAUUUAAAAAUAAAUAUGAGGAUUUUGGUAAUAAAUGCUUAUGCCUAACUACAAAAGUAAA